CUCAACUCCUCCUCAGUGCACUUCUGCUUCUGCUCUGCCCUGUGAGUCUCAGAACGUUCCAGCAUCAUGCCUUCAGAACUGGAGAACGCCAUGGAGUCCCUCAUCAAGGUCUUCCACCGCUACGCCAAAGACAACCAGCUCAACCGGCGGGAGCUCCGGGAGCUGAUGGAGAACGAGCUCUCCAACUUCCUCAAGGCUCAGAAGGACCCCGCCGCCGUAGACAAGAUCAUGAAGGACCUGGACGCCAACGGGGACGGCCAAGUGGACUUUGAGGAGUUUGUGUCUUUGGUUGUUGGACUGUCGGUCGCCUGUGAGCAAUGUUACCAGAUGGAGAUGAAGAAGCGAGGGAAGAAGUGAAGAACAAUGGGAAGAAACCCAAAAGCAUUUCAAUUUUUGUUGUAAAGAUUGUUUUAUCCAUUAAAGAAACUGGACUGUCA